CAUCGCGCAGAUAAAGAAGGUAUAAAAUAGAAAGCUGUAGAUUUUUAAUUUUUUUGUGGGGAUAUUUUAAGUCUCUGACAAACAACAUGAGAGCACUUAUUGUUUUGUUAUUUGCGGCUGUUGUAUACAGUAAACCAGCCGAAAGAUUUGAUCCUAUGAUCAAUGAAGGUCUCUUCGAAGGUGACAUUGCUGGAAUAGAUCCAAAUGAGGACAGAAAUGCUGUGCCCAGAGACUCGCAGCGAUGGACAAACGGCAUCGUGCCCUACGUUAUGGACCCUUCUCUAAAUGACCAACUAGAACUUGUACAAAGGUCCAUGCGCCAUAUUGAAGAAAGAUCUUGCAUUCAUUUCGUGCCGAGAAAAGCUGAAAGAAAUUACAUUCGAUUGUUUAAAGGCAACGGAUGUUGGUCAUUCUGGGGCAUGAUCAACGCUGGUGAACAAAAAGUUUCGCUUGGAAACGGAUGUCAUUUCCUUGGUGUAGUUGUUCACGAGUUGCUUCACGCUUUGGGUUUCCAGCACGAGCACAGCAGACAUGAUAGAGAUGAUUACCUUAUCAUCCACUGGGAAAACAUCGAUCAAAGAAACUAUGGUGCAUUUAUGAAACUAAAACCUAAUGAAGCCAGACCCUUAACAGCUUUUGAUUACAAUUCCAUCAUGUUGUAUGGCGAAAAAUCUUUCGCCAAACAGGCGGGUGUGAAAAGCAUGAGCGCCAAGGAUGGCAGAUUCUUGGAAGAGGCCUAUUACAAACCUGGCAUGUCCGCCAUUGAUGUACAAAGACUGAAGAUGCUGUACCAAUGCCCAAAGUAAUAAAAUUAACUAACUGAUUGUAUAUUUGUUUAUAAAAAAUGUUGUGAUUUAAAUUAUUUCAUGAUGUGAAUAUUGAAAUAAAAUAACUUUUGUCCUUUCA